AUCAAAAAAACUUCCAAUCAAACAAAUUUCGGAGAUUUCAAAGCAAAUUGUCAUUCACAAUUGUGCAUCGUAACGAUUAAUGCCAUUCGCAGCGAUAGAGCGCCCCAACCAUAUUCAGAGUAGUAUUUGCACGCUUUCAAGUUGUAAAUAAAACCUGGAGUAAAUGCCGAAAUCAUAAUUUUAAAGGAAAGGACUGAAAAUGCCGAAGCAAAUCUUAACUGCCAGCAGCGCCAAGAAGAAUGUUAAAGACAAUAAGGAUGCUUUAAAAGAUGAAGCGCACCAAAAAGCUGUCAAUGCGGGCGCACAGUCGCAGUUAAAAAUUGAAGUGAAUUUAAAUGAAAUGACAAAGAAGGCACGGAAACGUCUACGAAACGCAAUUGCCAAGGAAACGUCGGAAGUGAACAGACGCAAGUUAGCUGCAGCAAAAGCGCCGAAGAAAUCAAAGAAGAGAUCCAAAACAGCUGCAGCUGCAGCAGUGGCUCCAACAACCACAGCAAUUGCCACAACAACAAAGACUUCGCCAAACACCAAUUCCAAUUCGAAUCUGAAUAUAAAGGCACCUUCCAAUGUUCCAAGUUCCAAACCGAAUUCUAGCAAAAGCUCAAACUCCAAUGCUGGCAAUAGUCAAGUGCAGCUUGGCUUCAUAGCAUCGAAGAGAUCGGCUCCGCUCACUGGGAAACAGAUGGCCCGACUGCAGGAGGCCAUAUUGGAUGUAACUGUAAGUAACAAAACAAAUUUGCGCCCACAAUACGACGACUGCAUACCUCAGUCGGAGUGGCUGCUGCUGGUGUGCGCCAAUAAGAAGACCGCGAACUGGAUUAAAGACCAUUUCAAUUUGAUACGCAAGCGAAGCAGACUGGAAAUCGAUUUGCUGGAGGAGAAUCAGAUACCACGCCAUGUUAUUGAAGGCUACUUCCCCAAUAGUACGCAUCUGCCGGACGAUAAGAUUCUGGCAUUGAUAAAUGCACAAAAUCCUAUUCAAACACAACAAUGGAGAAUUUUACGUCGCUCUGCGAAUGGCAGCACACUGCACUUAUCGAUAGCUAUCGAUGGCAACUCAAAACAAACGCUCGUUGCGCGGGGCGGCAAUAUUUGUUAUUGCUUUGGCCGCAUCUGUUUAAAUCUUAACAACUAUACAGCUGAUGUCACCUGUACGAGUGUGCACUCGAUGCAGCAUCAGCUGAAUGAAAGUAAAUUGGAUUUGUACAAUCAAGUGUCUGGCAGUGAGUGGAACUUAAUUAUGGACCAAUUAGAUUCGGUCUUUGAUGGCGUAAAUAAUGUGCGCACUCCCAAUAACAGCAUUUCCGAAUGGAAUGCGCAAUUCAACUGUGAAUUCAAUUGACAGCUGUAAGAAGCUUGAGUCACAAAACUGUAUGCAAACAACGGUUAUGGGAGGACUCGAAGUCAUUUUUAGUAAAAUCGUUAAGUUUAAAAAUAUUUAAAAAGAAAAAUAACAGUGGUAUAAAAAUGAAGUAUAAAUUGACAAAUUAAUUUACCAUUGUACAUU